AUGGGGAGAAACCUCUUCCUGCGCGCGGUGACUCACACGUGUGACGAGCGGGUGGCGUCUCUGGCUCGAGCGCGGGACGGCUGGAGCGGCUGCACCCACUCCUGCGCCCUCCUGCAGUGCUGGGAGGUGCGGAGACGCAACAGCUCCGAGUGGUGCCGCUUCAUCCGCACCAACCCCGACUGCCAGCUGGAGGGCGGCUUCCUCGACUACCUCGACGGCGUCUUCUGCGCCUUCCCUGCGCGCCUGCUGCCCCUCGCCAUCACCCUCUACGCCUGCUGGCUCUUGUACCUCUUUGUCAUUCUUGGCGUGACAGCGGAGAAGUUCUUCUGCCCCAACUUGUCGGCCAUCUCCACCAACCUGAAGCUGUCUCACAACGUGGCAGGUGUCACCUUCCUGGCGUUCGGCAAUGGGGCUCCCGACGUCUUCAGCGCCGUGGUGGCCUUCUCUGACCCACGCACAGCAGGGCUGGCCAUCGGCGCCGUCUUCGGUGCCGGCGUGUUUGUGACCACGGUGGUGGCCGGGGGCAUCGCCCUGGUGAAGCCCUUCACAGCUGCCUCCAGGCCCUUCCUCAGGGACGUCAUCUUCUACAUGGUGGCCGUCUUCCUCACCUUCAUGGUGCUCUACUUGGGCAGGAUCAGGCUGGGAGAGGCGCUGGGGUACCUGGGGCUCUACAUCUUCUACGUGUUCACCGUGGUGCUCUGCACGUGGAUCCACCGGCGGCAGCGCGGGGACGGGCUGGCCCCGGCCCGGCCCUGGGAGCCAGAGCUGCUCACGGACACUGAGGAGCAGGAGCCCAUGGGCAGCGGCAGCAGCGACUACGGAGAGGAGGAUCGGGACUACCGCAAGUGGAGGAGGAAGCCCUGGUACUGGCGGCUCUUCAAGGUGCUCAAGGUCCCCGUGGAGCUGCUGCUGCUGCUCACGGUGCCCGUCGUGGACCCCGACAAGGAGGACCUCAACUGGAAGAGGCCCCUCAACUGCCUGCACGUGAUCACCGGCCCCCUGCUCUGCAUCCUAACCCUCAAGUCGGGCACCUACGGGCUCUACCAGAUCCAGGGCGUCUUCCCCGUGUGGGUGCUGGUUGCGCUGGUGGGCACCGUUGUGGCCAUUCUGGUCUUCAGCACCACGAGCAACGAGGAGCCCCCCAAGUACCACUGUGUAUUUGCCUUCCUGGGGUUCCUGGUCAGCGCCAUGUGGAUCAACGCGGCGGCCACGGAGCUGGUGAACAUCCUCCGGACCCUGGGUAUCAUCUUCCAGCUGAGCAACACUGUGCUGGGCCUGACGCUGCUGGCCUGGGGCAACAGCAUCGGCGACACGUUCUCGGACCUGACCAUGGCACGGCAGGGCUAUCCCCGCAUGGCCUUCUCCGCCUGCUUCGGCGGCAUCAUCUUCAACAUCCUGGUCGGCGUGGGCCUGGGCUGCCUGCUGCAGAUGAGCGCCAGCCAGAUGGUGGUGAAGCUGGAGCCCGACGGCCUCCUGGUGUGGAUCCUGGCCGGGGCGCUGGGCUUGAGCCUGGCCUUCUCCUUGGUGGCGGUGCCGGCGCAGUGCUUCCAGCUGGGCAAGGCCUACGGCGCCUGCCUCCUGCUCUACUACGCGGCCUUCCUCGCCGUGGCCCUGCUCACCGAGUUCGGCGUGAUCCACGCGGCCGCCGCGUGA